AUGUCUAACAUCGAUCUUCUUAACGCUGCGCUCUCAGCUGUAAUGACGGGACAUAAAUUUGUUUCAGAAAAAGAACUUGGCAAUAUUUCCAUGGGCACCUGCCGUCAACAAGUCGACAUGCAUUCAUUUCAUCAAUUUAAUCUUGUUGGAGACUCAUUUUCUGAUAGUUUUACCCAAGGACAUGAUACUUCUGACAAUCUUCAAAGACCAAAAAAUGGUAUUUUGUUGCAUGUAAUGACACUUACUGGUAAACGUAUUAUGCUAGAAGUUGAAACUCAUUCUACCAUCGAUGAGGUAAAGCAAAAAAUUGAAUAUAAAGAAGGUAUUCCACCAGACCAACAACGUUUAGUUUUCGUCGGUAGACAAUUAGAAGACGGUAGAACUGUAGCGGACUAUAAAAUUGAUCAUGGAUCUACUCUACAUCUUGUUUUGCGUCUUCGUGGUGGUGGUAUUAUUGUAAAUUACCUAGACUCUAACACCUUGGAUUCACGUUAUGAUUACGAUUUUACAAAUAUUAGUGAUAAUGGGAAAAAACACUUUCGUGGAGGGAUUGAAUAUCGAAGACCAUGUGGAUGGAAACGCUAUGCCUUAAAGGUUGUCGGAAAGUAUGAUAAUGGGGAUGAUAGAUGGCUCGGAACCGAUCAUAAUUCUUGGCCAGUAUCGUAUCAUGGUACUGCAAAGCAUAAUGCGAGAUCAAUUGCAGACGAUGGCUAUCUGUUAAGUAAGGGAAAGCGUUUUGCUUUCGGUCGUGGUAUUUAUUCAACACCUGAUCUGAAUGUGGCUGAAAUGUAUGCGCCAGAAUUUGAAUUUGAAGAGAAGAAAUAUAUCAUGGUGUUUCAGAACAGAGUGAACCCAUCGGAUUUAGUGAAAAUUGAGAGUCAGAAAACCGGUCAUGGCGAAUAUUGGAUUUCCCCAGGAGUAUAUGAGAUAUUACAGUAG